AAAAAAAAUAUAAAAUCUUCCCAGCAGCGGUGGAUAAAUUUCUCUCCAUUUACGUUUUAUUGAUACAAAAUAUUUACUUCACCAUUAAUAAAGUGGAAAAUCCUAGUCAUUUAAAAUUAUUUGCUAAAUAAAAUGCAUUUACAUUAAACAAAUAUUGUGAAAAAUUUUGUUUAAAAUACAAAAAUUCAAGUGGUGGAAUUUUGCAUAUUUUAAAUCAAACUAUUAUUCAUAAUAAGACCAAAAAUAACUGAACCAUCAUGAUCUUGUUGGAAAUCAAUAAUCGGAUUGUCGAAGAAACUUUAUUAGUCAAAUUCCGAAAUGCACUUGCUGGCUUAAAAGCCGAGUCAAUUGACGUCACAAUAGCAGAUUUUGAUGGAGUGUUAUUUCACAUAUCAAAUGUGAAUGGCGAUAAGACGAAAGUUAGAACAAGCAUAGCAUUAAAAUUCUACAAGCAAUUGCAAGAACAUGGAGCUGAUGAACUCUUGAAGAGAGAAUAUGGAAGUUUGCUCACAGACACUGAGGAAGGUUACAACGUCUCAGUACUUAUUAAUUUAGAUAAUAUACCAUCAGACUGGGAAGCAACUGCUCAUAAAAUUGGACUUUUAAAAAGAAACUGUUUUGCAUCUGUUUUUGAAAAAUAUUUUGAUUUUCAAGAAGCGGGCGAAGAAGGCCAAAAACGAGCAGUUAUCAAUUAUCGUACCGAUGAAACAUUAUAUGUUGAGGCAAAGCCCGAUCGAGUGACAGUUGUUUUUAGUACUAUAUUUCGUGAUGAAGAUGAUGUAGUUAUAGGUAAAGUUUUUAUGCAAGAAUUGAGAGAAGGUCGCCGUGCAUCGCAUACAGCGCCGCAAGUAUUAUUCUCUCAUCGAGAACCGCCAUUAGAGCUGGCAAAUUCUGAUGCUAAAGUUGGCGAUAAUAUUGGUUAUGUUACGUUUGUUUUAUUUCCCCGCCACACAAACAAGGAGACUAGAGACAACACUAUUAAUUUAAUCCAUAUGUUCCGUGACUACUUGCAUUAUCACAUUAAGUGUUCAAAAGCCUACAUUCAUUCGAGGAUGCGAGCUAAAACUUCAGAUUUCCUUAAAGUACUAAAUCGCGCUCGACCGGAGACGAAACCCACAGAAAAGAAAACUAUUACGGGGAGGACAUUUAUUCGGAAAGAAUGAUUAAUGGACAUUGUCUAGUUGUUUUAUAUUAUAUAUUAAUGUAUUAAUAAUUAUUAAAUAAUUAAAGAAAAGAAAAAAAAAACGAAAGUAAAUGAAAAUUUAAUAGAAAAAAAAAAACAAAA